AUGGCCUUGAAAUCUCCUAUAACUUGUCAUGGUAUGCUUCAUCUGUUACUCGAGGGUCUCGCAUUGUAUGAAACUGAGCUCACCUCAGUGCUCGAUUCUUCGCUGGGCAAACCAGCAGCGGGCAUACUAGUCCGGGUGCAAGUUCAUCAUGCGUUCGCCAACAACACGGAGAUAUUCGAUCCACUAGCUGAAGGAGUGACCGAUGCAGACGGGCGGUGCAUGCAGCUCUGGCCGCAGCCCGGAGCGGGUCAGAGCAAGGAAGAGCUUGCCAAACUGAAGACAGGCACGCUUUACAAAGUCGUCUUUAAAACGAAAGACUACUUUGAACACACUGGUCGACAAUGUUUCUAUCCAUGGGUCGAGAUUACAUUCGAAGUGUCAAAUCCUGACGAACAUUAUCACAUUCCGCUACUGAUAAGCCCCUAUUCAUACACAACAUACAGAGGAAGCUAG